GUAGAGAGGGUUGGUAGUUUACUCUUUUUACAACUACAUUUGCAUGCACAGAGGGAAAACUGGACGCCAAGUCGCCAACCCAAGUCACGCUUUUACGGUAAACGUGGCACCGCGUUUUCUCUCUCCCCCCAGGCCCUCUAUCUUCAUCGCCGUUUACCAUUAUACGCAUACAGUCUCUCGCCACUGAAACCCCCUUUUUCUCCAUUUGCAACGCUUUUUCCUUUUUUUUUUCUCUCUUCCUCAGCGCACGAAACCCCGAUUUCGAUCAAAACGCUUCGCAAAAAAACAUUCGAAAUCCAAAGAAGAGAAACUAUUCAAAACGCGAAAUCCCAUCAACAACACUGUUUUGAGUUUUCAUUAGAUGGAUUUAACUCGCCAUGAAUCACUUACCACGAUUUUUAGGCCGUAGGAAUAAUAAUAAGAAGCAAGACGGCAUGGGCGUGGAUCCCAAGAAGGCCCGAAUGUCGAAGCCACGUCUCGAGCGCCGCAACGCCGCCAAGCACUUCGAUUACGACGCCGGCUCAUCGUCUUCGUCGUUCGAUGACUACUCCACUUCCUCCUCUUCCGGCGGCGGCGUUUCGGUGCUCUACACGCGCUCGAUGGAGUUCUACGAUCACAAGAGCUUCAGAAUCGAGGGCGUCGAGGGCGAGUUCGACCGGAUUUGUCAGAGCCUCGGCCUCUCUGGCCCAGAGGACUUCGCAAUUCCCGCGGCGGCUUGGGAGGCCAUGAAGGUUCGGUCUUCUUCGGAUAUUCUUCCGAGGUUGAAGCUUCGCGACUUGGAUGAAGUCAAGGAGAGUGAAGAAAUUGGGAUGAAGGAAGGUCAAUUUGGGGAUAGUUCCCAACCUAAGGCUCCUAAUCCGGUUUCGGUUUCUGAUCAAUGCGUUCAAGAGAUUGCUUGCAGAAGUUGCUUCACUCUCGGUGGUUGCGUUGGCGGAGAUGAUGGAGUUGAAGUUGGGGAUAAUUGCGAGGAUAGCGUUCCGGUCUGGGCUUCUGAUGAAUCUGUAAAAGACGGCGGUGAUCGCGGAAACUACAACACUACUGUAACUGCUGAUAGUGGCCGCAGCAGUGGCAGUGGCAGUGGCGGAGGUAUCAAGGGCUUUCGGCCCCCUAUGCUGAAACCAGCGCCGGGGAGUAGGGUUUCGGUUGUGGACAACGCGUCCUUCACAUGGGACCUGUUGAGGGAUUUUGCUCCACAAGGUGAAGGGAAGGAGAAUUUCGUGGAAUUCAGUGAUUCAGAUGAUGAUCAUCGAGGAUUGCAUGGUGAAUUAGAGAAUAGAGAAAAAGAGGAAGAGGAAGAGGAAGGAGGUAGAGGGGGUGAUGGGAAGAAAGAAGAAGAAGAGAAUGCAUUGAGAUUCGCAGAGAUUGUUGCGGAGCUUACUGGGUCAUGUUCUUUCACAACUUCGAAUGGAGAUGAUUCUUCUAGCACUACCACGGAUCCUAGGUCCAAUAAUAUAUCUCCUAAUGGAAGAUUUAAGCGUAUUAUUACCCACUGGCAGAAGGGUGAUCUUUUGGGUCGCGGUUCCUUUGGGUCUGUCUACGAAGGAAUUGCAGGGGAUGGGUUCUUCUUUGCUGUAAAAGAAGUUUCACUGCUUGAUCAAGGGAAUCAGGGAAAGCAAAGUGUCUAUCAAUUGGAACAGGAGAUUGCACUUUUGAGUCAGUUUCAACAUGAGAAUAUAGUUCAAUACUAUGGUACAGAAAUGGAUGACUCAAAGCUGUAUAUCUUUCUUGAGCUUGUAACCAAAGGUUCUCUUGCAAGCCUCUACCAUAGGUAUACCCUUCGAGAUUCCCAAGUAUCUGCAUAUACCAGACAGAUUCUGCACGGCCUAAAGUAUCUUCAUGAUAGAAAUGUCAUCCACAGGGAUAUUAAAUGUGCAAAUAUAUUGGUGGAUGCAAAUGGAUCUGUCAAGCUUGCCGAUUUUGGAUUGGCAAAGGUUACCUUUUCAGCAACCAAAUUGAAUGAUGUUAAAUCAAUGAAGGGAACAGCAUUUUGGAUGGCCCCAGAGGUUGUGAAAGGAAAAGCCCGAGGUUAUGGGCUUCCAGCUGAUAUAUGGAGUUUGGGGUGCACUGUGUUGGAGAUGUUGACGGGGAAAAUCCCAUAUUCUCACUUGGAAUGCAUGCAGGCACUGUUUAGAAUUGGAAAAGGUGAACCACCUCCGGUACCUGAUUCUCUUUCAAGAGAUGCAAAUGAUUUCAUCCUGCAGUGCCUAAAAGUGAAUCCUGAUGAUCGUCCCACGGCUACUCAACUCUUAACCCAUUCAUUUGUCCAACGGUCACUUUCUCAGUCAUCUGGCUCUGCAUCUCCUUUCAUUCCUAGAAGACGGGGUUAAACCUGUGAUGUCCAACUAUGAAAAAUACUGAAGGUAAAGAUUGUUAGAUCAGAUCUUAUUUUUCUAAUUUGUAUCCCCCCUUGUUCUUUUCUUUUUUGUUUUCAAUAACACUUGAAUUCAUGUUGAAAACUAUUCUGAUGGAUAUCCGUCCUUUCAAGAACUUCGAUUCAUUACUCAUGAUUUAUUUACUUAUUUUAUUUUAAGGAUGGGGCAGUAAACCAUGUUCUAAAAGAUUUUACUCCUGACAAUAAAAAUCUUGAAAGAUUGAAACAACAAAUUAAAAGACCCCACGAAGAUAGUAAAGUUUAACAAAAUAAUCCACUCACGUUUCUUUGAAUAGAAAAUACUGACAUGUCAUCAUACAUGUUUGCCAUGCCAGCAUUUUCUGUUAAUGGAAAUAUGGCAAGCCAAUGGCUAGUCCAUUGUGUCUAACUUUUCCAUCAUUGGUAGUUUGUCUAAUAUUUCCAUCUUUUGAGGUCCUUUUCGUUGGUGUCAGAAGCUUUCAGAGUCCAUUUUGAUGGUUUCCUGAAGGAUGGGGACAAUGUGAAGAUCCUUGAAAUUUUAGUCUGUGUCUAAUCAGAUGCACAUAUGAUCGCAAAAGCCUUGUAUUAAGUUGUGUGGGGGACCAAGCUUGGUAUCAUUAUUUGCACCAAAUCAUCUUUCUGAAAAAUAAUUUCGGAAAUGGAAUAAAGUCUUUCUAACUUGUCUUCUGUGGAAUUCCCAACAUCAAAGCUGCAUUGUUGCAUAUUACUGCAGCAUAGGUCGAUGUCAUCUUCUCCAUUGUUCUAUUCUAUUCUCUUUUUCUCUUGGUGACAGAUCUGUCCUCCAUUGGAUUUUAAAUAUCUCCAAUGUUCAGUCUUCAUGUUGCUGGAGUUGGCGUAGGAUGCAUUGUAGUAGAAACUGAUGAUCGGUUGUGCUGUUCAGAGUUUGUUUACUUGUAACUUCAACCAUUAUUUUAAGCACCCUUGUGGAUCUAACCUUCAUAUAGCUCUCCAGAGAAAUAUCAAUUUGGGUAUCAUUUUUUGAGAAUUAUGCUCCACAUGUGUGUAACUAAUUAAUCGAUGAUCAUUUAUAUACGUCGAGCCGUACCCAGGUGUUCCUAUUUAUUAGUUAACAGGUGGGAGAGCUUGAAGGCUAAACUUCUGGGAGGUGUGAGUAAUUUGUAAAAGUGUUGACCUAUUAUUUGUACAUAGUCAUUACCUUCCAUUAACGAGCUUUUCUAUAAUGUAUACAUAUAAAUUCUCAAUAUUGUUCUAAUUCUCAACAUAUUGUAUGCAGUUGUUUCUUCUCUUC